AUGAUUGCUCUUAUGGAUCCACCAAAAUUGACCGCCACAGGGAAGACUCCCAUGCCCAGGACCAUCCUGGACGACUUCCUUCCCGAUUCAUCCUGGCGAAAAGACGGCCCGCCCAGCAACAUCAUCCCCAUCAUAGGCGGCGCACCUCCCGGCAGCAGCAGCCCAACCCACUCUGAUGGCGGCAGUGGUGGCAGCGGUGCCUUUGUCUAUCGCAGGUCAAACAGCGGCUCAUCAACAUCAUCUUCCUCCUCCUCAUCCAUACCAUCUUCAACAUCUACCUCAUCAAAGAAUCAGAUAUAUCAUCGACAGCAGACACCAUUACAGCAACAAGCACAGCUUCAGCAACAACUUCAACAACAGAUGCAUCAACAACAAAUACAGCAGCAACAGUUCAUCAUCCAGCAGCAACAGAGGAAGCAGCCACUCCUCAUUGAGAUGGACGAAAUCGACGACGCCGACUCCAUCUCGGGCGGCACAAUGUCCUCGAUCAAUCUACGUCUGCAAGAACUGACGGCUAGGACCACCAUCCUGCAGUCUCGCUUGGACCUCGUCGAGCACGAGAAUGGCAUGCUGCGCACCAACGUCAAGGAGCUCAAGCAGGAGAACCACAAGCUCCAUCGACGAAUCUCAGAGCUCACCGCAACCUUUGUGUUGCGCAACAAUGAGUACCCAGAGCUGGACGACCGCGACGACUCCCCCAUCUCGCUCCAGUCGUCGUCCUCCUCCAAGUCCAAGGGCACGCCAUCGUUUGGCAACCCGUCCUCCAACCUCAUGCUACUGCCCCAGCCAACAUCGACGGCAGCGGGUGGCAGCAUCGCCCUGGCUCAUCCAGUCUCAGCGCCGGCCAUCUGGCCACUGUUGGACUCGAUCAGUGACUAUCCCGAGAAGUUCACUCGCAAGCGCUACCCGUGCGAGUACUCCUACUGCUAUCGUGACGACAAGAGAACGACCACAGUCUGUCACUGUUGCAUGAUCAUCCUACAUCAUGACUGCAAUAUACUCUACCACAACCAACAACACUUUAGUGGUCAGCCCAACAUUGUCAAUCCAGUCAAGACUGCCAAGUUGUUGGGCGGAGGUGGAAGCUCAGCCUCCAAUCCAAAGAGUCCAAACAACAACGUGAACAACAACGUUAAUAACAACAACAACAACAUGAGCAUUAACAACAUGACCAACAACAAUAACCAACUGCCACAGCAACAACAGCAACAACAACAACAUGCUAGAGAACAAUCCCAACAACCACAACUGCAACAACAACAACAGCAACAACAGCAACUGCAGCAGCAACAACAACUGCAGCAGCAGCAGCAACAGCAGCAACAACAGCAACAGCAACAACAUGCUAGAGAACAACAUAUUAGAGAUUUGACCCUCCCACCUCCAAGACUCUCUCCAUCGCCACCUCCAUCAACACAAUUGCCACCUCCACCACCACCAACAACAUCGUCCGUUUCCAAU